UUCAGGUAAUCGUUUAACGUUGGUAGACGUAACUCACGUGGAUGUCAGUGGGUUUUAUCAGUUGAUUUGGAGUGAUAAUAAUUGUGAUAACGUGAGAUCGUCCGGUAGACGUGGACUGAUGGUGAAGGGAUCGGUGCUACCCUUGGACCCUUUGUACCGUUAAUUCAACCGCAUUCACCCUCUCAACCCUUAUCGUGCAAUGAGAUUUGAAUUACGUGAACUGAUACUAAUUGCAUCUGCAAUUGGCUUUAUUAAUGCCAAUGAUGUACCAGUGAAUGUUCUGUGGAUGCACGAGCAUCGGACUUGGGGACUGUGGGAUGAUGUGUUACGACGGCACGCACCGAGAUAAUAUGCUCUUGAAUUGUUCCAUGUGUUUAUCGUUCAUAUGCCUCGGGGAAGGGUAUUGACAACAGUCAAGGAUAAUGACGCAGUCCCCGACACCCUCCACCAGCAGAUUACAUGAUGACAAAUCUAUUGGAUUGCAGAUCCAGGAGAUCAACAGUCAAGUGGCGCAAUUUCGGGACCUUCUGAUCAACAUUGGACAGCCGAGAGAUGGUCCCGAAUUGCGUGAACGAGUGCGGAAACUUCGGAGAAACUGUGUUGAAGCUUGUAAAAGCACUUCCCAACUGGUUCUCCCACAAAUGCGAAGCGCAAUCGACCUGGGGAUACCGGCGGACAGUCCCAACCUGGUGCUUCUGUUCUUCGUGUCGCAAUUGUUCCUGAGGGAGUUGUACAAGUGCAAAAAUCUGGUUCGCAUUGUCCCUAUGGAUAUGUCAGGAUAUUACGCAAGUAAAUCUGGCCCAUCAAACAUUGGUAACGUAAUUUCAUCGAUUCUCCUGUGCAAGCCGAUUACCCCGAAUUUCAACGAGGAGGAGCUCUGCAGUAUACGUAAGGAUUCAGCAGAGAUAAGCGCUCUUGUUGCUGAACUUCAAGAAUUCAUGCCACAAUCCGAGGCUGACAUAGAGAAAACAAUAGCCCUGCAGGACACCUGUGUCGCGGGUUCAAAGAGCAACGGUGCACGGAAGGCCAACAGGUGGGACAAUAGACCAGGAAAUCCGAAUUACUUCAGUGGUCGCUUCAGGUUCCUCUGCUGCACAUCGAGGCCUAACUACGUUUGAGCGAUUCAAUCGAGCUCGCCGAUAAAUAUAAAAUCAAUCAAAAAUACCCAGGAAUACAGGAGGAACGAAAUUAAUUCGAACGAAACAUUCAAUCUUCAGUAUCAUUGAUAAUAAUGAAGAAUAUCCGAUUGACAAAUAUCUGGAACAGUGAAAAAAUAAUAAUUGGUAUGGACUCAUCUCGUUCCUCCACUUUAAUGAAAUACAUAAAUAAAUAAAAAGUUUUUGCCACCCAAGAAUGGUAAACUGGCCUGCAAAAAUCACUUAUCUUAUACAUGUAUAAUUAAAAAUGUAAAUGACUUCUGUUAUCGCAAAAAAAAAUGUCAGAGUCUAGGACACUUGAAUAUAACUUAAGGGUGAUAUGUAGUUAACGAAUAGUAUAUUUCUUUAAAGGAGCCUCGAGACAUUAGUAAAUGAAAAGCGAUGGUGAAUCGAGUGUAAAUGGUAUACGAGCAUCUCGCAUUGGUAUUGUGGGGUGUCACGUUAUUGCCAGUGCCUGAAAAGCGACAAGAGUGAAUGUUGAUGGUUGGAUAAACAAAUGGGAAUGAUAUUGGUGGUAGAAGAGGCUGUCGAGGAGAAUAAUGCAUGAAUGACUUAACCAUCUCUGUGUAAUAAGAUCAUGAGUUUUUCCGACCAUUGAGAAAUCCUCUUCAAGCGAGUGGAGAAGAUUUAGUAGAUCACCCAAAGUUCUAGUGAUUCCCCCAUUUAUUUCCCAUUCUACGGAUUUUAUCGUCUACCAGAGGCAUUUGUGCCAAUUAAAAGUGUUACUUCGUAUCGAAUAAAAUGUAUUCGAUUAGUUAUUGAACAGGUGAAUAGAAACUGAAGAGAAUUAUAAAACUUUCAUAACUUGGGUCCAAUGUUUACAUUUGUUUAUUCCUCAUCGCUGGUAUAUUUAUUGAAGUUAUGUACAUUUCGAGUUGAUUGUUCAUUGGUGAAUAAGAGGAGCGAUUUAGCGAUAUGAGAGAAUUAUUAGAUGAUGUAGUCUUAGGAAAUAAUGGAAAUUCAUCGAUGCGGGUCAAUGUAGAAUAAUUUGAAGCUUCUCAACUCAAUGAUAAAAUAAUAAUGAAGAUAAACGACUACAACAAAUAAAGUCAAUAUUACGUUAGAGCAUAUCGAGAAUUUGAGUAAUAUAUUGUGAAAAGGACCAAUCCUUAAGCUAUAAGGGAAAUAAAUUCGUCAUCCUUGAGUUCUGGAUGGACGUUGUAGUAUACAGUGGGUGGUCAAAUAAAUGUCCGCAUGUGAAUUACUUAAUUUGUGCACAUUUCCCCAGGGUACGUAAAUAUCGAAUAGAAAUCAGUGGCGUACAAUCAAAUAGAGCCAUUGGGGAGGGCUGAUGAGUGACGUUUAAUGGGUAGAGUGGAUUCUCUAUUGUUCCACUUGUCAAUCAUGCUUUAAUCGAGGUAAACGAGAGAUAAUGUUUGGGUUAUACGGAGCUAGUGUUCUACAUGCCUGUUUAUUGACCAAUGUGGCUGGUACAGGCUCAUUAUUUAUGCGGUUUUUGUCAGAGAAGUUAAUCAUAUGAACUUUCAGAUGCAUUGAAAA